AUGCAAGAGGAAACGGGCGACAUGGACAGGCCUGUUGAACCAGGGCAUUUCUCAGCAAGCGAAGCCCGGUUGGACAAGCACAUUGCGGGACUUUGCAUCGUCGAUUUCCCGGUAGCUGUGGUUCUUCCAGCCGGUGGCAGUGGAGAAAGAACGGGGCUACUGACACCCAAACAGUUCUGCACGUUUCUCAACAGACCUCUUAUAAGCUACACAAUUCAAACUUUCGAGAGGUAACACUUGAAGUGUCGAAUGUUUGCAUGCAAAAACAUAUCUGUCCCUGCACGAGACAGUAGCCACAUGUAAACCAACCACUUCACUGGGGUGUCAAGCGCUUUUAUGUUAUCGUUGAAUCAAUUAAGAUUUUGUAAUGUCUCAUUAUCCUAUUCAAUAGAUUUUUACUGAAGCCAUCAGGUAACACAUUCCAAUGUUGAGUCUUUCUACAACUUCCAACAACGUCUACAGCCUACUUGUUCUUGAUACUACUAUGUAUCUUUGUUCCAUAGUGACCAUUUCAGUGGAAUUCUGUUGAAGUAAUGUAUGCAAAUAAUUGCACCAGAAUGUGUUAUGUAUGGUAAUAUAACAAGUCAUGACACAAGUAAUGAAACAAAAAUACUCAACAAGAAUUAUAUGUUCUAACCACAGUACGAAAGGUGUUGACUUAUGACUAUACACACUGUUUCUUUGACAGAGUGCCAUGGAUCCAAAGCAUUGUUGUGGUGGUUGCCAAGGAGAGCCUCGACCUGAUGAUGGACAUUAUCCACCGCUUCCACCACAGAAAGGUCCUAGUGGUACAUGGUGGAUCUACUCGCCACAGAUCUAUAUUCAAUGGGGUCCGGGCCCUCAGUGAGGGAGAGGAUGGUACGGCCCGCGUCAAACCAAAGGUGGUAAUCAUCCAUGAUGCAGUGCGGCCCUUUGUGGAAGAGGACUUCCUCCACAAGAUAACAAUGGCUGCCAAAGAGCAAGGGGUUUGUACAUAUUCAAACUUCUCUAUCUCUUCCACCCCAACACAGUCAGUGGGGCUCAGGUGUACUGAUUCAUUGCUCUCAACUGUAGCCAUGUACACCUACUGUAAGCCAUCACACAUGAAAACCACAUUGGCUGAUAUUAGUAGGUAAGGAAGACAUCGUAUGUUUAGAUGGUGAUUCAUAUUUCAAUUUUACUUGCUGUGACAUGAUAUUGUUGAAGGCUGGUCACAAAAGUGAGAAGUGAGCGCAGGAGCUCUUUGACAUUUGGGCUGACAUUUACUGUGUGUGUGUGUGUGUGGGUGGGUGGGUGUAAGUGACUGACUCUCAAAGCCAGCAGUCUGGUCUUCAUUAACUUGCCAGUAUCCCCGAUCAUGAUAAAAUGUCAGUCUUCUCCGAAGAGCAAGAGAUUAAUUUGGAUUUUAACAACAUGUGUAACACACAUAAUACAUGUUUGCUUUCAUUCCAUUUGCAAGUCAUUUUGCACCCACUAUCUCAUUGACCAUACUUAUUCUUGGCACAAUGGGGAUUUCCAUCCUCAAUCAUGUCAUGGUCACAAGAAAAUAUGAUCUCGGGAAUGUUGUUCAUUAAGAACUUCCAAUUGUACAGGAAAGGCAUUGUGUGCACAAGCUGCUGUUUAGCUAGGAUGUAUUGUUGUUAUCCAGCCAUGGUUAGAGCUAGUGUGGUAAGCCUGAAGACACAACAGGAUCGGAACCAUUUGAUACAUUUUGGAUUGAUGUGUGUGUUUGCCAUAAAGAAUAAAAAAGAAUGACGUAUUCCGAUCUGUUUAUUAUUUUGCAGGCUGCUGGGGCUAUCCGACCUCUGGUUUCCACGGUGAUUGCUACCACAUUGGAGGGCUACCUGGACCAUUCUCUGGAGAGAACCAAGUACAGAGCCAGUGAGAUGCCCCAGGGAUUCAUCUAUGAUGUAAUCUACCAGGCUUAUCAGAGGGUAGGUACUUGUAGGCACUAGGCAGCUCUUGUACACACACAUCACUUGUAGUCUACCCAAGGUCCAGUCAAUAAAAACUGGUAGCCCAUUUUUAGGGGCUAUGUAAAAAAAUACAUAGCCCCGUGAACCCAGCCUGAUCUCACGAUAACGCACAUUCUGUUUCAAUUAAACAGAACGUGAGUGCACCGGUCAGUCUGUUUGACCUGGCUAAAAAUGACUAUGUUUCCCAUGCACAUUUGAAUUAGGGAUGUGACUGAUAAAACAACAAACUAUUGAAUGAUUUUCUUAAAUGGAAAUAUGCCAACAAGGAUGCACCUUGUCCAAACCUAGCCUUGUACAGUAGUAAGUUCUCACGUUUAGAUAAUGUUUUUGUGAAGUUGUCUUCACCUCUGGUCAGGGAAAUAGAGAACCUUGGAUGUCUGCAAAACCUUUUUCCAAAUCGAGCACUAGUCAUGUCCUGCAGGUUUUUAAUGUUCCCUCUCAAUGUCAAAUAAUUGCUUUAAAAGGUCCCUCGAAUCACAUAAAAUGACAGUCAGAGAGAGAUUUUUGCUUGAGAAAUAAUUAUGCCCAGCAAUGCGACUAGAUGACAAAAUACUUUAUGAUUCUCAUACAUCACACCAAGUCUUUACAGUCGUCCAUUGUUCACCAGAUGUGCUUGAACCUGCAGGGUUUCAAGCUGAAGAGUUUGUGGUGAGGGUGCCUUCAUUUUCACUACGGCGUGAUUAUGUCUGGGAAAGAAAUUACACAUUAAUAUUCUCUGGCACUGUGAAGCGUAUCACUGUCGAACAAAAUAAAAAUACCUCUUGGCUUUGGUAAAGGUAACGUAAAUAUAACAUUGAAGUAACAUGGUUACUACAGGUCUAACUGUCUGUGAUUUAUUUUCUUAACAUGUGAGACGAUUUGGUCGUUUGGAGGAAGGAUUGUUGACAUAUAUUUGACAUUUUUAUUUGAAAGCGUAAUUCAAAUUUUGGCCUUAUCCAGGCCUCCUUUAAGACUCAAUAAUGAUUCAUCUGUAGGUGCUACAAAACAUUGGUGUCAUAUCAAGCUUUACCGCUUGCUCUGUAGAAUGAGUAGUAUUUUGAUUUCAAUAACAAUUUUCUUAUAAUAAUUAUGAAUAUUGAAAAAUAUAAACAUGAACAAUGUUUGGAUUCGUUACUUGGAAAAGCAAUCUAUUACUUAUUACUCGUUAUAUAUAUAUUUUUUUACGCUGUCUAUUCAGCACGAAGCUCGACUAUAGGCCUACCUGUAGGCUAUCAGAUGAGCGAAGGUGUAGAUUUUCCUUUGGUACUUUUUGCCGUUGUUUGGUCGAUUUUGUUUGACUUACAUACUGUAGGUCCUUGAUGAUAAGUAAUCCCUUUGAUUAUAUGCCUUGUAUUUCAAUGCAUUAUUAUGUGUAGGAUUUAUCUGACAUAGUUUGCAUUCGCCCGCGGUCAGUUAAUGCACCGGUUAUUUGAAUUUUGAGGUCGGCAUUUGAAGUCGGACUUGUUGUGAUUGAUAGCCUGUAUUUAAUGGCUUUAAUAUGUAGGCUAUAUAUAUUUUUGUAAAGCUGCCAGAUGUUUAUGGACAAUAUUCCUUUGAUGUGUUAGUUUUAUCAAGAUAUAAUUUUGUUGUGAUAAGAGGCACUUUUCCGUUUUGAAUUACAUUAAUCAGAUUUCAAUUGUUUAUAUGGAAAUUGCGUUAGAACAUAUUAAAUAUUAUUUAUGGUUAUUUAUGUUUUAUCAUAAUGAGUAUAAAUGUCUCCUCUUUAACACAUUUUUGUGGAACAAUUCCAUAUAGGGUGAGUAUUGGUUAAAUGGGACACAGAGAAAAGUGGGACUCUUAAGCUUUGUAAUAUAUAUCUUUAAAUAUGUACAAUAACGUAAUCAACAAUCAAUGACUAUGUGUUAGUGAGGAAGUAUGUGAUGACAAACAAUGGGUUCAAUGGGAAUGACAUCAUCUUUGUGGGUGUGGCAUCCCGUAUAAUGACAUGUGCCUCCAGAGGCAUAGUGGUAUGUAAAAUGACAGUGUUCUGAGUUAAAUGUCUGCUAAAUGGCAUAUUAUUAUUAUUAUUAUUAAAUAAUGCUAAGGUUAUUAAAAAAAACGAAGAAAGGAUAUUCAGUGUCUCAUUACAACAUACACUGCUCAAAAAAAUUAAGGGAACACUAAAAUAACACAUCCUAGAUCUGAAUGAAUGAAAUAAUCUUAUUAAAUACUUUUUUCUUUACAUAGUUGAAUGUGCUGACAACAAAAUCACACACAAAUUAUCAAUGGAAAUCCAAUUUAUCAACCCAUGGAGGUCUGGAUUUGGAGUCACACUCAAAAUUAAAGUGGAAAACCACACUACAGGCUGAUCCAACUUUGAUGUAAUGUCCUUAAAACAAGUAAAAAUGAGGCUCAGUAGUGUGUAUGGCCUCCACGUGCCUGUAUGACCUCCCUACAACGCCUGGGCAUGCUCCUGACGAGGUGGCGGAUGGUCUCCUGAGGGAUCUCCUCCCAGACCUGGACUAAUGCAUCCGCCAACUCCUGGACAGUCUGUGGUGCAACGUGGCGUUGGUGGAUGGAGCGAGACAUGAUGUCCCAGAUGUGCUCAAUUGGAUUCAGGUCUGGGGAAUGGGCGGGCCAGUCCAUAGCAUCAAUGCCUUCCUCUUGCAGGAACUGCUGACACACUCCAGCCACAUGAGGUCUAGCAUAGUCUUGCAUUAGGAGCAACCCAGGGCCAACCGCACCAGCAUAUGGUCUCACAAGGGGUCUGAGGAUCUCAUCUCGGUACCUAAUGUCAGUCAGGGUACCUCUGGCGAGCACAUGGAGGGCUGUGCGGCCCCCCAAAGAAAUGCCACCCCACACCAUGAAUGACACACCGCCAAACCGGUCAUGCUGGAGGAUGUUGCAGGCAGCAGAACGUUCUCCACGGCGUCUCCAGACUCUGUCACGUCUGUCACAUGUGCUCAGUGUGAACCUGCUUUCAUCUGUGAAGAGCACAGGGCGCCAGUGGCGAAUUUGCCAAUCUUGGUGUUCUCUGGCAAAUGCCAAACGUCCUGCACGGUGUUGGGCUGUAAGCACAACCCCCACCUGUGGACGUCGGGCCCUCAUACCACCCUCAUGGAGUCUGUUUCUGACCGUUUGAGCAGACACAUGCACAUUUGUGGCCUGCUGGAGGUCAUUUUGCAGGGCUCUGGCGGUGCUCCUCCUGCUCCUCCUUGCACAAAGGUGGAGGUAGCGGUCCUGCUGCUGGGUUGUUGCCCUCCUACAGCCUCCUCCACGUCUCCUGAUGUACUGGCCUGUCUCCUGGUAGCGCCUCCAUGCUCUGGACACCACGCUGACAGACACAGCAAACCUUCUUGCCACAGCUCGCAUUGAUGUGCCAUCCUGGAUGAGCUGCACUACCUGAGCCACUUGUGUGGGUUGUAGACUCCGUCUCAUGCUACCACUAGAGUGAAAGCACCGCCAGCAUUCAAAAGUGACCAAAACAUCAGCCAGGAAGCAUAGAAGUGGUCUGUGGUCACCACCUGCAGAACCACUCCUUUAUUGGGGGUGUCUUGCUAAUUGCCUAUAAUUUCCACCUGUUGUCUAUUCCAUUUGCACAACAGCAUGUGAAAUUUAUUGUCAAUCAAAUAUCGGUGUGCCAAUUGGAAGCUGGGGAUGAUUAGGGACAGGUUGGGGAAUUUAACCAUGAAUCUGGGGUUAACACCCCUACUCUUACGAUAAGUGCCAUGGUAUCUUUAGUGACCACAGAGGUUUAACAUCUCAUCCGAAAGACGGCACCCUACACUGGGCAAUGUCCCCAAUCACUGCCCUGGGGCAUUUUUAUUUAUAUAUUAUUUUUUUUUGACCAGAGGAACGAGUGCCUCCUACUGGCCCUCCAACACCACUUCAAGCAUCAUCUGGUCUCCCAUCCAGGGACCAACCAGGACCAACCCUGCUUAGUUUCAGAGGCAAGCCAACAGUGAGUUGCAGGGUGGUAUGCUGCUGCCAAUUGCCUAAUGUCAAACUGGGAGACACUGUUACUUUCAAACUGACACUCCUCUAGCAUAAAUACUAUUUUGGGGUAUUAUGAAAUACAUGUUUUCUUAACAGAAAUCCAUUUUCUAAAUAGGAUCAAAUGUUCCAUUUCAUUUUCUUAAAUCUGCUAUCAGCUAGCUUGCUAGAGAGAGCUAGCAUAGCUUCAUUUUACUUAGAAAGAUAUGACCUCACCAACAAUAAAAACCCCUAGCUAUCUAUAUACAUAACCAUACAGGUACAGUGCCUUCAGAAAGUGUUCACACCCCUUGACUUUUUUCACAUUUUGUUGUGUUACAGCCUGAAUUUAAAAUGGAUUACAUUUAGAUGUUUUUGUCACUGGCUUACACACAUAAUGUCAAAGUGGAAUUAUGUUUUUUCGAAAUGUUUACAAAUUAAUAGAAAAUAAAAAGCUGAAAUGUCUUGUCAAUAAGUAUUCAACCCCUUUGUUAUGGCAAGCCUAAAUAAGUUCAGUAGUAAAAAUGUGCAUAAUAAAUGGACUAAUAAUAAUAGUUUUUAACAUGAUUUUUGAAUGACUACCUCAUCUCUGUACCCCACACAUACAAUUCUCUGUAAGGUCCCUCAGUCGAGCAGUGAAUUUCAAACACAGAUUCAACCACAAAUACCACAGAGGUUUUCCAAUGCCUCGCAAAGAAGGGCACCUAUUGGAAGAUGGGUAAGUUUGUUAUAAAAAGCAGACAUUGAAUAUCCCUCUGAGCAUGGUGAAGUUAUUAACUUACACUUUGGAUGGUGUACACCCAGUCACUACACAGAUUCAGGCGUCCUUCCUAGCUCAGUUGCCGGAGAGGAAGGAAACCGCUCGGUGAAUUCACCACGAGGCCAAUGGUGACUUUAAAACAGUUACAGAGUUUAAUGGCUGUUAUAGGAGAAAACUGAGGAUGGAUCAACAUUGUAAUUACUCCACAAUACUAACCCAAUUGACAGAGUGAAAACAAGGAAGCCUGUACAGAAUAUAAAAUAUCCCAAAAUAUGCAUCCUUUUUGCAACAAGACACUAAAGUAAUACUGCAAAAAAUGUGGCAAAGCAAUUCCCUUUUUUUCCAGAAUACAAAGUGUUAUGUUUGGGGCAAAUCCAAUACAACACAUUACUGACUACCACUCUCCAUAUUUUCAAGCAUAGUGGUGGCUGCAUCAUGUUAUGGGAAUGCUUGUAAUCUUUAAGGACUGGGGAGUUUUUCAGGUAAAAAAGAAAACGGAAUAGAGCUAAGCACAGGAAAAAUCCUAGAGGAAAACCUGGUUCAGUCUGCUUUCCAACAGACACAGAGAUUAAUUCACCUUUCAGCAGGACAAUAACCUAAAACACAAGGCCAACUCUACACUGGAGUUGCUUACCAAGAAGACAGUGAAUGUUCCUGAGUGGCCGAGUUACAGUUUUUGAAUUAAAUCUGCUUGAAAAUCUAUGGCAAGACUUAAAAAUGGUUGUUUAGCAAUGAUCAUCAACCAAGUUGACAGAGCUUGAAGAAUUUUGAAAAGAAUAAUGGGCAAAUGUUGCACAAUCCGGGUGUGGAAAGCUCUUAGAGACUUAGCCAGAAAGACUCACAGCUGUAAUCGCUGCAAAAGGUGAUUCUAAGGUGUUGACUCAGGGGGUUGAAUACUUAUCUAAUCAAGAUAUGAGUGUUUUAUUUUUCAUAUUUUAUUUUACAAAUGUUAGUAUUUCUCUUCCACUUUGACAUGGGAGAGUAUUUUGUGUAGAUCAUUAAUUAUGAAUGUUCCACAAAAAUACCUAAAGAGUGUUUUAAUACAUUUAAUUUGUAUGAAUAAUUGACGUUUAUCAUGAAUAUAUAUUAUUUACUCAUGUACUCUCUCAAUUAUCCUUCUUUACAAUAAAUAAUUAAGUGUCCCUCUUUGCCAAUCAAGGUGGCCCAAUUUGCCAGUAUCGGACACGUUACUUGGAAAAAGUAACUAAUAGUAAUACAAUAUUUGAACACAGUAACUUGUUAUAUUACUAAUAAAAGUAAUACAUUACUGUAACACAAUACUUUUGUAACUCAUUACCCCCAACACUGAAAAUGUUUUGAUUUGGUGAAUUUUUCAAAAUAUUGUUGAACAUAAUAUACUCUACAGGCAUUUCAAAGUUCUAGAGUGCGAUCUCUUCUACUUUUAGAGUUAUGAUCCAAUUUGUAAGCAUUACAAACAGUGAAUGUGAAAAUCUAUUCAAAACAGUUGCCCUCUGCUGGUGAUGUGCAAUGAUAGAAGUAAAAGGAGGGCUGUGAUUGGUUACAUUGCCUACUAUGACAAUUCCUCUGUAUAAAAUUGUCCAUAACAUUAAAACUAGCAAAGAUUCCACUUUGGAACUUUGAUAUUCCUGUAGAGUAUAUUAUGUUCAACAAUAUUCAAACAUUUGCCAAAUCAAAAAGGGUAUAUUUUCAAUGUUCAUGUUUCUAUUUUUAAAUAUUCAUACAUUAAUGUAAGAAAAUCAUUACUGAAAUCAAAAUACUACUCCUAUUACAGAGCAAGCGGUAAAGCUUCAUAUGAAACACAUUUUUCUUUGUAGCACCUACAGAUGAAACAUUAUAAAUUCUUAAAGGCUUUUUCUGUCUAUCACAAAUCCGUCAGUGCAAAAAUUCACCAUAUUUAUUUUUCAAACAGCCCAGAUACUUCAGAGCUCUGCUAUUUGAACCUUGGCUCCAUUAGGUGGUGAUGCAGAUACCAGUGUUUUGAAGGACGUAGGAAGCCUUGACUAAGAGCCGAAGUAUGGGUCCAAUUGGAGUUCCAUUUGUCUGCAGUUAUUUUGGUUCCUGGCACAUACGAAUUUUAGAUUACCAGGGAGCCCUGUUGAUUUUGGCUUUGACUCUCUGAAAAUGAGAGCACAUUCACUAUGCAAGUGAAUCAGUGUCAAGGCCAGUCAAGUAGCAUUUCACCGAAAAUUAAGACAAAUUUGUAGUGAUGUAAGUGUAUUUGUGAGAACGAGAGGCUCUGGCGCGAUGGGGGGGGUGCCCCACCCCCACCCCCUCUCCACUUGUGUCCAUCAAAGUUGGGAAAGUGUAAGGUGUCUGUCAAGUUAGCACUGUAGGACAUAUUCUAAAAAAUCUACGUGAACCUCACAUUUGUAGUUUGACAUGCAUUGAGCCUGGCAGAACUCUGGGCUGAAAAGACAAAGGCGAGACACUCUAUCCUGUCUCCAGUGUAUGCCUUUGUACUGGGAGAAAAUGCUACAGGUUCAAUUACCAUAUUUCUCCUGUAAUUUCUCCUUCAGUUCCAGGGUCCUGAGAAAAAUACCCUCUCUUUUAUAACCCCAAUAAAUUAUUGUCCCACAUAUUAUCUCAGGUAGCAUGAGUUAGCCUUUAGCCUUUGUAGUCCACACACAGUAUCUUAAAAGCCAUGAGCUCAUCGCUUAUAUCACAUUUUCAAUGCAAUGCAAACUACAGCAAUGGCAAUCUGAUUCCAAUGUGUUCUCACUGCACUGGGCCAAAGUGUUAUGAACUCAACUAACUCAACUGUUGUUUGAUUUGGGGUGGCAGGUAGCCUAGUGGCGAAAGGUCGCUGGUUCGACUCCCCGAGCAGACUAGGUGAAACAUUUUGUUUAGAUGUAAAUAUGGUCGAUGUGAGUUUGUGACCUAUUCUCCUUUGUUUGUCCCCAGAAGACUUGCUCAACUCUGUUUAUGAAAUAGGAACUAACUCAGUUUAUUAUGCAUCGUCAACAAUCCCACGCCUCUUGUGUCCUGUCCUCAUAGUGCAGCGCGUCAGACUUUGAGUUUGGCACCGAGUGCCUUCAUCUGGCUCUGCAGUACUGUGGCACCAAUGCCAAGCUCAUCGAGGGCCCGCCAACCCUGUGGAAGGUGAGCCAGCCUGGGACACUGGAACUCAGUUUGGGACAAUGCCUAUAAGCCUAAAUUAGGCCAUUGUCUUAGCACUAACUGUAUGCUUAUUACUAGUUUGUUAUACAGGGACAAGUACAGAUUUUAAUUUAUACAUUGUGUAUUGUAUUUAAUACUAUUUGAUAUGAUGACUGAAAGUAAAGGGUUUUUAUGGUUUUGAUAGACUUGAAAUAAGCCAGUAAUGGGGUAAGGCCUAUGAAUCUAAAUAUAUUUGCACUAAAAUUAACUAUGCUUUUUAGAGCAGGUUUGAUGCUAACAUGUUGUUAAACUAAGUUUAUUUGUGCUGUAGGUGACCUACAAACGAGAUCUGGCUGCAGCAGAGUCCAUUGUCAAAGGUAUGUGACUGUGUAUCUGUAUGUAUGUUUAUACACAACUUCAUCAUUAUACUGUUUUUAAGUGCAAUAUUUACAUGAUGAUUGUUUGCCUCAGACAGUAACCAUGUACUUUAUAGACCUAAUGCAUGUUAUCACUAUUUUCUAUACAACAUAAGUGAUGUAAAGGUGUUUUGUCCUGUGUGAGACAAUGACAGUUUAGAAUGGAAUAGAGUGACGUAGACGAGAAAUAGAAUAGUAUCUUAUUGUUCUCCCAGGAAGAUAUUCUAUGAAGUCUUGUUUAGGUUUGUCAGAAAGAACGGGAGGGUGUUUGCAGUCUCUGAUGUGAAUGCCAUCCGUACAAGUCAGGGCAGGGUAGAGCCAUCAUGGUCUCUACACAAUCAGGGAAACAUACAUAAAGUCAUCAACCCUACUCUUUACCUCUGUAUGCACCUGGGCCAACCAAUUAGAUUAUGACAUAUUGACAAUAGUAAUUAUACCAAGAGAGCUUUGUGUAUGAAUGAAUUCAUUGUUUGUGUGUGUUUGGAGCAUAUGCAAGAAUACAUCUUCAUCUGUGUGUGUGUGUGUUUCUUUGGCACAUCACUUCCCCACGUAAAUCAAGUUGAAUCCCGAGUGCUGAUGAUGUAAAUUAAUUCUCACAAUGUUUAAAGAUGAUUAUCAUUGCUAAGUAAUGGAGAUUUACAGCAAAAGUGGUCAAAGUACACUUUCUUUUUCAGAGACUCUCUCCCGGUCGGCUUGUGUUAUCACAGGUGGGUCUGCACAGGCUACAGAGCUGGCCAACGCUCUGCAGAGGAGCAUGGGAGCUUUGGACAUGGUAUGGUGAUGAUGAUGUUGAUUAUGAUUACGAUUACAAUGUUUGUGAGAUUCCACAUUCGAUCAUCACAUUGAUGUUUCUUCCACCCCACCCCUCCAACAACCCCCCUCUCCCAGACCAUGUGAGCUCCACUUGGGUGGGCCCUGGUUAGACUAGCCAUCUGUGGUCAGACCUAUAAUGGAGCUUGUCUGAAGGCUUCCACACCCUCCUCCCUCCAUCCCCCCUCUGCCUCUCCACCUCUCCACCUCCCCGGCAUGACGGAAAGCAGAUGGCAGUCAUAUUGGUCAUGCCAUGGGAAUUGUCUGAUUAAUUGAGUGUUCAGAGAUGAGUCUUCACUCCCACCCUUCGUCCGUCAUGUUGAAGGGCUCCCAGUUUCCCCAUACCGUCCCCAUAUGACACAUCUCCCAUUCAUUCUCAGUCAUGGUGAAGGGGUCACGGGUUGCCAUAUCGUCCCCACAAAUCAUACUGCACAAAUCACACUGCACAAAUCACACUGCACAUCACACUGCACUCCAUUCUCAUUUGUUUUAAAAUGGACACCCCGGCCUCCCAACAUACCGUCCCCACAUUACUGUCGAGAGUAUGUUCCUUCCUGCAUAUAUCAAAAAGUAUAUACAGUACAUCCUCCCUCUGUAGUUGACAACAGAGAGGGGAAAUGCAUGGCGGAUGAAGUGUUUUGGUGUUACAGGGAGAGCAUAGACCCACCGACAGCUCAUCCUCCUGUGAAGCAGUGCCAAGCCCUUCAUCAGGCAGUACACGUCAAACAGGCAGCGGAUCUAGCUGUCGAGGUGCUAGGCAGACCCCUGAGACGUAUGGGAUCCUAGGAACCUAAGGCUUUGGCUCUGAUUGGAACCAUCGUUCCCUGCACUCAGGUGGCCGGUGGGGUCAUGUUGGGUGCACGCGUGUCUGGGACCAGAUACAUCCUGAUACAUCCUUCCCAGGGGUUCGAGGGAGAUGAAAGGAGAGGAAACGGAGAAGGAGGAAUUAGCUUUGUGAUCAGUGCCAUUAAUGAAUCUAAUACAGGGGAUAAGGGAGGUAGAGGCUGAGCUGAGCUGGAGCUUGGAGGCGAGCACACAGUGUAGUGUGUGUGCAGGUGGAGGAUUUGGCAGCUUGUGUAUGUGCUAUUGUGGGGAGAAUAUGAUUAGGGGAUUGUCAUAGCAGGAUGAAUAUGGACGUGAUCCCAUAAUCAUAGUGGAAGAUACAAAAUAGACAUUCAAUUGUAUUAAUAUGCAAUAUAUUAUAAACAAUGUUCUUGUUAGCACUUUUUUUUCUUGUUCUGUACACAAUUUGGUAAAUAAACUUUUUUUAGGUUUAUAAAAGUAGUUGCCUCAUUAACCCCAGAUCACUUGUCCUUUAACAGACAUUACCAGACCUUGUUCAAACAAACAGCUUUUAUAUCCAUUAAUGAUUAUUUUGAUUAAUAAGUAAACCUAUUAGUGUCAUAUUUAUUUCAGUCUCCUGAGACAAAGGAAUUGGAGUUUUACCACAAAAACAUAAUUCUGACAUUAAAUUAGAGCUGCAACUGAAACAUCUGCAUCUUUUUUAAAUUUAGGCUCUGACACAAUAUGUGUCAGAGCCCAAUCUAAUAGACAUUAAUGUCAUGAUAGGAAGGGAGGAUUUGAUGAAGGGAGAACACCUCCAUCCCUUCCUUAUCUCUAACAUUUUGAGCUUAGUAUAAGAUAGUAUUUCAUAUUCACUCAAAAUUAAAUACAAUCUUGGAACACAUUAAUUAUAUCACUCCUUUUUCCAAAAUAUUAACCUUGACCUACUAGAUAUUUUGUCAUGGACACAGCCAGAUAGAGGAACAGCUAGGGCUAGGCAGGGACAAAGCUCACUGAACUACACUUUGAGCACUUUAUUCAAAUCAUGUCCAUCCUUUCUCUUUGUCUGAGUUUCUCAGCAUUUCAAACAAGCAACUCAUAGUUCGAAAAAGUAAUAGGUAACGCUUUAUUUUAUCGCCUGUUUUAAGCUGGGACUUGGUAUUUAUAUGGUCUUUACUAGGAAACAAUGCGGUAACAUUGGGUACUUCUUACCACUUAUCAAACACUGAACUUUCUGAAUUCAAACUCAUAGUUUGGGGUAGUUCUCUUUUUUUCCUCUGGCAGCCUGGAACUUGAUUUCUGCCUCGGUCACUGACUCUGGUGUGUUCUGUAGUUGGUCCUUGACCUCCUGUCUCCUUGGCUCUCCCAGACGGCCUCCCUGAUCUUGAACAAAUAUCCCAUUCCAGGAUUUCAUGCCCAACCAACCUUGUUUAAAUCAUGUCAGAAAAUGUAAUCUCGCAAAUCUACAUUUCUGACUCUGAUGGUUUUCCCUCGGAACCCACAAGCAACUUAUCUUUCUGGACCAAAUAACCCUCCACAUGUUUCCCGUAACCAUUUCAUAUUUCUAAUUGUCGUUGUUAUUCUAAACGUUUAAAAUCGGACAAGUCCCAGUCGGUGCCAAACACAGAGCGUGGAUGUUUGUUUCUGUGUUUAUUUCCUCUUGUGUAUGAAAUGUUAGACAGGACCAGGGAAUAAUUACUAGGAAAACAUAAGAGAUGAACAUGAAAUGGAUACACUGACUGUAGCAUGUUGUACUGUUCAUUCCAUUCGUAUGCAAGGGUGAAUUCGUUGAAAGAUACACAGCUAAAAUGUGGUUACAAUUACAGUGAACAAAAAAGCUUUUACCAUUUUGGACUGCACUGAAUUUUGAUUCGAUUUACAGUGUAAUGAAAUUUAACUUGGCUCAUCUAGAAUCUCCGGGCUUCUUUGUACGCUGUAUCAUUCUGCCAGGUCAGAGAGACAAAGAGAGCCCAGCAGUGGUUCCCUGUCUCCUUUCAUUUGUUCUAAUGAGCAAUCCAGCCAUGGAGAGAAUUUAGCGUAAGAUCAAUGGUGUUCAACUCUAGUCCUGGAGCUUCGCAAUGUACAGUGGGGGAAAAAAGUAUUUAGUCAGCCACCAAUUGUGCAAGUUCUCCCACUUAAAAAGAUGGGAGAGGCCUGUAAUUUUCAUCAUAGGUACACGUCAACUAUGACAGACAAAUUGAGAUUUUUUUUCUCCAGAAAAUCACAUUGUAGGAUUUUUAAUGAAUUUAUUUGCAAAUUAUGGUGGAAAAUAAGUAUUUGGUCACCUACAAACAAGCAGGAUUUCUGGCUCUCACAGACCUGUAACUUCUUCUUUAAGAGGCUCCUCUGUCCUCCACUCGUUACCUGUAUUAAUGGCACCUGUUUGAACUUGUUAUCAGUAUAAAAGACACCUGUCCACAACCUCAAACAGUCACACUCUAAACUCCACUAUGGCCAAGACCAAAGAGCUGUCAAAGGACACCAGAAACAAAAUUGUAGACCUGCACCAGGCUGGGAAGACUGAAUCUGCAAAAGGUAAGCAGCUUGGUUUGAAGAAGUCAACUGUGGGAGCAAUUAUUAGGAAAUGGAAGACAUACAAGACCACUGAUAAUCUCCCUCAAUCUGGGGCUCCACGCAAGAUCUCACCCCGUGGGGUCAAAAUGAUCACAAGAACGGUGAGCAAAAAUCCCAGAACCACACGGGGGGACCUAGUGAAUGACCUGCAGAGAGCUGGGACCAAAGUAACAAAGCCUACCAUCAGUAACACACUACGCCGCCAGGGACUCAAAUCCUGCAGUGCCAGACGUGUCCCCCUGCUUAAGCCAGUACAUCUCCAGGCCCGUCUGAAGUUUGCUAGAGUGCAUUUGGAUGAUCCAGAAGAGGAUUGGGAGAAUGUCAUAUGGUCAGAUGAAACCAAAAUAUAACUUUUUGGUAAAAACUCAACUCGUCGUGUUUGGAGGACAAAGAAUGCUGAGUUGCAUCCAAAGAACACCAUACCUACUGUGAAGCAUGGGGGUGGAAACAUCAUGCUUUGGGGCUGUUUUUCUGCAAAGGGACCAGGACGACUGAUCCGUGUAAAGGAAAGAAUGAAUGGGGCCAUGUAUCGUGAGAUUUUGAGUGAAAACCUCCUUCCAUCAGCAAGGGCAUUGAAGAUGAAACGUGGCUGGGUCUUUCAGCAUGACAAUGAUCCCAAACACACCGCCCGGGCAACGAAGGAGUGGCUUCGUAAGAAGCAUUUCAAGGUCCUGGAGUGGCCUAGCCAGUCUCCAGAUCUCAACCCCAUAGAAAAUCUUUGGAGGGAGUUGAAAGUCCGUGUUGCCCAGCGACAGCCCCAAAACAUCACUGCUCUAGAGGAGAUCUGCAUGGAGGAAUGGGCCAAAAUACCAGCAACAGUGUGUGAAAACCUUGUGAAGACUUACAGAAAACGUUUGACCUGUGUCAUUGCCAACAAAGUAUUGAGAAACUUUUGUUAUUGACCAAAUACUUAUUUUCCACCAUAAUUUGCAAAUAAAUUCAUUAAAAAUCCUACAAUGUGAUUUUCUGGAGAAAAAAAAUCUCAAUUUGUCUGUCAUAGUUGACGUGUACCUAUGAUGAAAAUUACAGGCCUCUCUCAUCUUUUUAAGUGGGAGAACUUGCACAAUUGGUGGCUGACUAAAUACUUUUUUCCCCCACUGUAUGCUGGUUUUGUCCUUGCUUUCUAAUCAGGGACUAAUUUAUUAUUGGGUAACCAGGUGUGUGGACUGAGACUCUGGCUGAAAUUAUUUGAUCAAGUGCCAGGGAUACAUUCAUACCAGCAUGGAAAACCCUCUGGGACUGUAGUUGAGCUCCCCUGCAUUCCAAUAUAAUUUAACAGCAUUAACUAACAUCAUUAUUUGUUUUUUUCUGUAAAAUGUUUCUUUGUAUCUUUCUUCAAGGAGGUGGAUGUGAUCUCAGACUUGAUAGGAGACAAUGCCAAAUCUCUGUCAAAAGAGUGGAACUUUAUUCAAGUUUCUGUAAGUUCACACUUCAGGACAAGUUUAGGAAAACAGAAAAGAAGUUAGCCUGUUUCAACAUUAUGCAUAUUGUUUAUGUUAUUGCCAAUAUGUUUACCAUGUUGGAAAUAGAAGGUUAUGCACAUUUUCUUUAUUUGCUGUUCAAAUAGCCAACUCAACAAUAUUCCACUAUUUUCUGACAAUUGCUUUUAAUUUUUAUCCAUAGGUGAAUAAUUAUUGGUUGUCUGAAGUUGGAGAAAUGCUGAGUGCGUUGGAAGUGGCAGACCGAGCACUCCUGCAUCCAGUGGUCAUUAUUUGGGUGAGUUGAGUUCACAUGGGGAUAAGUGUGUGAAUAGACCCUCAUAUGAAUUCACAGUUGCCUUACCAACACUCUCGUUCUGGUACUGGAAAUUAGACUCUUCAGUCCUCUAUGCCCCUUACUGUUCCCUUUGCUUAUCGUGAGUUGGCCAUGUUGCUUUAAGGAUGGACUGUAAGCUUGCGAAGGCCAUGGAAUGCUCUGAUGUUUGGGUAUUCCAGUAGCAAUCACACACAUUCAGAACAAGGUGAGUUAGCAGAGUUAACAGAGAACAUUGUGUGUGUGGGUGUCGUGUGUGCUUAGUGGCCGUUUUAGCAUGUCUCAAUCAGGUUUCCCACACUGUGAAUGAACUUCCGUUGGGUGUUUUCUAAAGCACACGUCUGGCCCAGGCAGGCUCUAGUUUCCUCAAGGUACAUGUACUACAUGGCCAGCCAGCCUUUUUCCGCUUGUAAAAUGUUCACUUUGCAGUCAACCUCUGGUCCCUUCGACGAAACUAUGUUGCUGUUUAGAAACCCUAUACCCCCCCUGAGAGUGCUUCACUACUUUCACUUACCGCUUGGCUCGGUUCAGAUGUCAAUAUCAACCACAGAGCAACAUUAACUCAUGACAGCUUGAGUAGAACCCCCCCGCGAAUUGAUCUAAUUGGAACCCAAAAGAAACAUUUACGUUAUGAGGGUCCUGUUUUACUUUUUGUGAUUUUACUUUUUCACCCGGCAACAGCACAACUGCCAAAACAAAGUGAGGGGAAAAAGGUGCAGUGGGCUCGGGGAAGUUGCAUUCAGUUUUUUCUCUAAGCGAGUCUUUAUGUCUUGAAAACAACUCAGUUUUAAUCAUUGCAAAUGUCAUACAGGAUAACUCGGUUAAACCGCCUGCCUUGAUUUGUGUUGUGAGGCCUUGUUAGGUCUUCAAUGAACCUCUGCGCACGCAAGUACUCACACACACACACACACAUACAGCUCCUCUCCGCUGGUGUGGAGCUAGGUUCCAGGCUGCAUUAUUGUGGGAGCAACGCUCUCCGCCACACCAGAGUAAACACAUCUGUGUCUGACUUUUCCCCACAGUUCUUACUGUGGACCAGAUUCCCUUUUCACAGGUAGAUAAACCUAGGACCCCCAACAUCCAGCACCUUAUUAAAAAUAAAUUUACUCCCGGCCUAAGUCGAUUUCAUGGCAGCUUAAGGAUGUCCCACAUUAAACAUCAGCAUCAUGGGAAGGCUUAAUUCCAAACAGAGUUAGCGAGGUGGGAGGCUGAAUUCCAUACAAGAGUUGGCUCACAGAGCGAUCUCAGAAUUUCCCGGUCUUAAUCGAGGACGCUAAAAUCAACAGUGAGGGAUAUCUGGGUGGCGUUAGAUGGCACAUGUUGUUCUUUCUUGAGGGCUUAGUCAAGCGUUUCCCAAACUCGGUUCUCGAGAUCUCAAGGGGUGCACGUUUUGGUUUUUGCCCUAACACUACACAGCUGAUUCAAAUUAUCAAAAGUUGAUGAUUAGUUCAUUAUAUGAAUCAGUUGUGUAGUACUAGGGCAAAAAACAAAACAUGCACCCCUUGGGGUCCCGAGGACCGAGUUUGGGAAACCCUGGCUUAGUCGGUAGCUUUAAACAAUGACCUAGCAAUCAGGGUGGGAGAUAAUCGAGUUUCACAGACAGAGUGCGUGGCAAUCGAUUCAGUAUGUGCCUGGUAUUGAUCUCAUCUAGACUUAAGCCAAACUGAAGACACACACUCCCUGGCACCUUCUACUGCAGCAAAACAAAUCAAUAAUAUCACUUAUUUGAAUUUAAACAGAUGUUGAUAGACAAGUGACUUACUUAACUUAUUCAAGAAAUGCUUGACUUAUAAUCAUAUAAUGAUAUAUAAUAGAACAAUAGAAGGUAGAACAGAUUAAUUAACACAUUUGACAUUGACCUUACAACACAGAGCCUGUAUAUGAAGACAUAAUUGGAGUGAAUUCACCCUGUCGAGCAUCAGUCAACAGCCCAAUUAGGAAAAUAUGUUUAGCAGCAGCAGUGGAGACUCACAUCAUUUCACAUCCCAUGCAUGACACACUAAGUGAAUCAUCAGUGGUGGUUUAUGCUGUCUUUAAUGUGGACCCAUAUAUCUAAAUAAACACCAUGAGGCCUGCAGUUUUCCAAUCUGAUGUGUGUUUACCCCGAACACUACAACACACUCCUCCAACAUCCCUCCCAAACGAGGACCUUAAAUAAACAUGCUUGUUCAGUCACAGCACGUCUUUCUUACGAGUGUUUGAACAAUGUGCUUUAAUUGAUCCAAAGGUUUAAACAUUCUCUAAGUCUCUGUAAGAGAUUGUCAUUAUUGGCAGGAGAUGCAUGUCUGACUGGGUGUGGCGGGACUUAUUUUAAUAGGUGUAUUUGAACGUGUCGAAUGACGACUCGUCCGCCAGCGAGGCAAUGGGAGGAGAGCCGGCGGCCAUGAUGGAGAUCGCCACAGGAGCCAAGCUCGGAAAUAUUUUACUCUAUGGCAUCCAGCUUCAUCACUCAAAG